AUGCUCAACCAAGAUACUACCACUAACAUGGAUAAACAAAUAAAAGAUUUCUGGAAAACAAUGAAGGAGGAAAUGGCAGCGCAAACAAGGGAGAUAACCGAAACAGUCACUAAAAACGUUUCAGAAAGUAUUAACGAAAAAUCAACUGCUCUUGUAGAAGAGAAUAAAAACCUGAAGACGGAAGUCAAGAUCUUACAUGAAAAAAUCAAGCAAAUGGAAGAGCACAGAAGGAAAAACAACAUCGUGUUCAUUGGAGUAAAAGAGGUACAACAUAAUGAGUCCCUAGUAGAAUCCACCAUAAAAUUGCUAGAAAAAAAAACAUGA